UCUCAAACGAACGACAUUUUCCGCCAUGUCCAGCAACAAUGCAGGCAUCGACGAGUUCCCCUACAUUACACACACCGCCCGCCAACUCGCCCCCCCCAGGUUCUCCAACGUCACAGAAAUAAGAGGGCUCGUCAAGCUCGUACGGAGUAUCGCCUGGUCCUGCGACGGCUCGCGAGCUGCGACAGCAGGCGAGUACAAGGAUAUACAUGUCUGGGACAACACCCUCCACAUCAAGUCGGCGAAACCGCUCCCUGCCUCAUCGAAUCCCUCCCCACAUUCAAAUCAUGUCACGUCCGUCUCUUGGUCGCCAACUGAUCCGAACAUCUUGCUGUCUGCCGACAAGACAUUCUCACAUGGAAGCGUGAUUGCCGUCUGGGAUCUGACCUGUGAGUUGACCUUGCAUCCUGUCUCGACACGUCUUUCUCUGUGAGGCUUGUAACCAGGGGGUGUCCUGAUAAUGUCACAGCCCCCUCCCAACCCAUCGCGACCUUCAAAACUCCCGGGGACGUGAUCAGCCUCUCGUGGCAUCCCUCUGGUCACCACUUUGCCGCUGUCUACCCCAUGGGUAUCCACGACGUCGUCGACUUCUAUCGCUUCUCCCCUUCCUCCAUCCCCUCCGCUUCAUCGUCUCCCACUCCUCCCGCCGGCAAAUGGGAAAAAAGAACCGACAUUGUCCUUGGCGGCUCCUCCCCCGGUAUAGGCUCUGAAGAGAUCAACUCUCUUCGUUUCAACAAUUCUGGACAGCUCGUCUGUGCCGUCUCGAACGACGGCAGUAUUGGCGCUUGGCUGUAUCCCCUAGAGCUUUUGGAAGGCGAAAACAUAGAGGCACCGGUGGAGCUGGAAAAUGUGGAAUCGACGGUUGUGGAGCACAGUAUCGAGGAUCAGGCAGGGACAGCUGGCGGAGCGGCGAGCGAGGCAGUGGUGGAGAAGGAGACCGAUGUCGAUAUGGCGAAUGGAGAAGAGACGGGAGAGGCUCCCUCCGCCACCGUUGCCCCCGAAGGGACCGCCAAGGAGGGAUCUCAAGAGGCCGAGGGCGUUGCAGCAGAGGCAGAGCCAGAGGAGCGUGUCGCAGGAGAUGAGACAGCGAGCAAGGACGAUGUCGAGAUGACCGAAAACACACCCCACUCUUCAAAACAACCCACCCCCAGUCGCCCUCCCUCCCCUGCCCUACCACCUUCCGCCGACAUACCAGAAACUGCCACACCCCCUGCUCCCAUCCCCGCCCCCAAAGCUACCCAUCUUACCCGGGUCGCACACAUCACCCCUUACGCUGCAUCUCUUCUAUCACUCUCAUUCGACCCUCUCGGGAGAUGGUUUGCGGUUGGAGGACAAGAUGCGUUGCUGAGUUUAAUCGACGCGAGGGAUUGGAUAUGCGAGAAGAACUGGGACGUUUGCUCAUCUGCAAUAAGACAUACGGCAUUUUCGUCUGACGGGGAGUUCAUAGCAGCCGGAGGCGAUGAUCUCUUCAUCUACAUCCUGUCCACCCAUGCGUCGCAAGUGGUAUCAAAGAUCCCCAUCCCCGCAACCCUCAACUGCCUUGUAUGGCACCCAACGAAGAACAUUCUGGCGUGGUGUCAUUCGGAUAAGAAGGGCGCGCCUCUAUGGUAUGUCGUGCAACAGGAGGUUUGAGGUCUGAGGUCUGAGGUCUGAGGUCUGAGG